AUGGCUAGACUAAAGACGUUUGAUCUCAUGGCCUUAGCGCUGGUGGGCUUUGUCGGUAUCUACACGGGCACGCAGUUCUUCGAGCCGAUCGUUAUUGAGCGAUUGAAGAGAGACGGUAAUCUUCGCCAAGAUAUUGAAAUUCCGGUAUACGACGAAGAAGGGAACCCAAUUGACCCUAAAUCGAUAUUGCAAUUGAAAACUGAAUUAAACAGAAUACAAGAAACCCAGAAGUCUGAAGCGAGAGACGAGACCUUUACUAGGGCAGAAUGA